AUGUCUGCCUGCCGCGUUAGAACACCGAACAAAAUCCGCUCUUUGCUUAAGGUAACCGGGUUGGGUGCUGGCGUAUUUAGCGCGUACAGCGUGUGGCGGGGAGAUGAGAAGUUCUACAACAACGUGUUCAUGCCAAUCGUCCGGCUCAUACCGCCGGAAACGGCACACGAUCUAGCGGUUCUCGGCGUCAGGUUAAAAUUGUUCCGCCCCGCGCACCAAGACACGGAACGGCUGCGGACACAUUUACUCGGUAUGACGUUCAGCAAUCCGAUCGGUAUAGCGGCCGGUUUUGACAAGCACGGCGAAGCGGUCCAGGGCUUGCAGCUGAUCGGUUUCGGUUUUGUAGAGAUCGGAUCGGUUACUCCUGAACCACAACCGGGCAAUGCAAGGCCACGCAUCUUUCGCCUGAACGAGGACAAAGCCAUCGUUAACCGGUACGGGUUCAACAGUGAAGGGCACGACGUGGUAUACGAUCGUUUACGACAAUCUCGCGAACAGGAACAUCCCGAGCAAAGAGUAACGCUUGGUAUAAAUUUGGGCAAAAACAAACUGUCCCUUGAUGCGGUCACAGACUACGUGCAGGGUGUGAAGCGCUUCGGCAGUUUGGCUGACUAUCUGGUGAUCAAUGUGAGCAGCCCGAAUACGCCCGGAUUGCGCAGUUUGCAGAGCAAAAGCACGCUACAAACGUUGCUAACAGAGGUGCUUAAGGCACGUGCAACACUGCCGGCCCAUGAGCAAAGACCGAUACUGCUUAAGCUCGCCCCGGACCUUUCGGAGGAAGAUCUGCGUGAGAUAGUGGACGUUAUUAAGGCCAAGGCCUGCGCAGUGGAUGGACUGAUCGUUUCAAACACAACCAUUGACCGACCAUCUACGCUGAGAAGCAAUAAUGCCGGGCAGCUCGGUGGUUUGAGUGGACCACCAUUGAAGCACCGUUCGACUGCGAUGAUCGCCAAGGUGUACAAGCUGACAGAGGGAAAGAUACCGAUCAUAGGCGUGGGUGGCAUUUUUACGGGUGAGGAUGCGUUUGAAAAAAUUGAAGCCGGUGCCAGUGCGGUGCAGUUGUACACGUCCUUCAUUUUCCACGGGCCGCCGGUAGUGCCGAAAAUUAAACGCGAAUUGGAACGCAUGCUGGAAGCGAACGGGUACGCCAACGUGCAGGAUGCUGUCGGUAAGGGGGUGGACAAAUAUUUGUCAUGA